UUGCAGUCUGACAGAGGCGGGUGGAAGCAAGUUGAGAGAGAGGGCAUUCCCCAGGAAGGGAGCUGGGCAGUCCUCGACCCCGUGCUAAGUAAAGGACAGCCAGCCACGCCACUUGCUUUUGCCUAAAAUAAAUCCCCCCAAGUCCCAGGAGAUCCGUUUGCAGUUGAACUGAUUUUCCAGGCAGCAUGGACAUCAAGGAGUAUUUUGCCAGAAUUUCUUACCGAGGCUCCCAUGAUAAACCAGACCUGGAAACCCUGACAGAAAUAUUCCAACACCACAUCCAAGCAGUUCCUUUUGAGAACCUCAGCAUUCACUGUGGGGAAAGCAUCGAGCUGGAUCUAACAGCCACUUACAACAAGAUAGUGAGGAAGAAACGUGGGGGCUGGUGCAUGGAGAACAACCACCUCUUGUCUUGGGCCCUGAAAACCCUAGGGUACAACGUCACCCUGCUGGGAGCAAAAGUUUAUGUCCCGGAGCACGAUGCAUACGCUGAUGACAUUGAUCAUCUGUUGCUAAAAGUGGUGCUUCAUGACAAAUCCUACAUUGUGGACGGUGGUUUUGGGAUGGCCUACCAGAUAUGGCAGCCGAUGGAGCUGAUUUCGGGGAAAGAUCAGCCUCAGACACCCGGCAUCUUUCGCUUCCUAGAAGAGAAUGGGACCUGGUACCUUGAGAAGGUGAAAAGGAAGCAGUACGUUCCCAACCACAGCAACACUGCUCCUCAUAACGUGGACAAAGAAGUUUGCCGUCGAGUUUAUCUCUUCACCCUCCAGCCCCAAGACAUAGAAGAGUUUAGAGCCAGAAAUCUGUACCUGCAGACUGCCCCAGACUCACUUUUUGUUACAAAGUCCAUCUGCAGCCUGCAAACCGCCGAUGGGGUCCGGGCACUCGUUGGGUGGAAGCUUACUGAGAUAAAGUACAAUUACAAGGAUAACAUGGAUCUGGUGGAAAUCAGAAUCCUUGCAGAUGAAGAAAUGGAGAAAACAUUGAAGGAGAAAUUCAAUAUAAUAUUAGAUAAGAAAUUUGUACCCAUCAAUACAAGCAGGUUGUCUCUGUUUUAACUCACUGCCUGGAUUAUAAUUCAAUAUGGUGGCAUUAUGUGAAUUCCCCCCCCCCUUCCUGACAAGAAUCUAAAGGUUAAUCUUUCUCUUUCCAUUUACCCCAGCAUAAGGCAGAACAGAUUAGCAUGAAUCAGGAAAAGCAAUUGAUUUUCACAACUGUUCCUGCAUCUCUCCUUGGUCUGGGUACAAAUAAUUUCUUCCUCACUCAAUCAAAUCACUCCCCUUCUGUUUGUGCUUAGCUGGCAACAGAUGCUGCCCAUUCCCUGCUCCAUUCAUCUCUUAAAAGCUUUUCCCACUAACCCAAAGCAGCAGGGGCAGGGAGAUGGAACAGUGUGUCCCUUCCCUUAUUACUGAGCUCUACCACCUGGGGAAAAAAAAAAAUAAAAAAAUCACACCACAUCUUAAAUUAAUGCCAUACUAUUUUUUGAAAUGUAAUAGCCAGAAAAGUAAAGACAUCCAAUGCCAUUUGCUACACUAAGCCUGUCCUUUGUGCUCCUGCACCCCUCGCACUUUCUCACACAGCAAUUCUAACACUCACUGAGGGGGCUAUUUGUGGCUUAAAACUGGUGAUGAGAAAUAUUAGGGGACAAUUCUGCCUUCUUUCAGAUUUCUGUACCCUCAGCAACAUAACUAAAGCUUUCAAAGUGAAAGCACCUCCUGUGGAUUGUUUGUGAGCACCCAGGAGAGGACUGCUGGAAGCGCACCCUCCUCACACAAGGCUGUCAACUUCUAUAACAAACAUUACUGCUUGUCAGUUAGUUUCUCCAAAAUGUAUGUAUUUGACUGCUUGUAGUGAUUCUAAUUAUAUUGAUAGAAGGAGAAAUGAUGAAUCUUACUCAGAUACCUAAAGGCUAAGAUUUUUAGCAUGAGAAAUUACACAAAUGUAAUCACUUUGCCCUUUGAGAUGAUGCUUGAUGUCCCUUUAUGUACAAAUUCUACAGCAUUACAACUAUGCACUUACAAUUAAUAACGUAAGCCAAUUACAAUGAAAUAAAAAAACAAGAACUGUGAAGUA